GCAUUUUGACAUUGUAAAUGUUGGAAAGUUUGAAGUAAAGCUACUUAGCGGUAUAUGUGGGCUAAACUGUGGACUACUUGGUGCCCUAUGCACAGUGCGUGAUGCGCGUGGUGGUAGCGGCAGCACUGAGCACAGCGCAUGCACGUCAAGGAGAAACCAGAACGGUGGAAAACUUAUUCUAUGGCUCUGGGAGAAACCAGAAGGCACACAACACCGGCAACGAGUAACCAGCAGACUUGUAUGAUCAACAACUGGAGCAGGACGAGCUCCAACCACUGGAGGAACCCCAAGUUCAGGAGGAGGGUGAGGAAAUUAUCACCGAACCACAGAACGAGGACCCCACCUGGGCCAAAGACCCUGACUACCAGCCCCCUGCCAAGAAGACAAAGAAGAGCAAGCUGCGCUACAACAUAAAGGGCGAGAAGGACAUGGACGUGUCUGGGCACGUCUUUGAGGAGGAGCAGCAGGAGGGCCUGCUCUCGGAGGUCAACACAGAGAAGGUGUUUGGCAACAUUAAUCCACCCAAACCCACCAAAAUCAAAAAGAAGGGUGUGAAGAAAACAUUCCAGUGCGAGCUGUGCAGCUACACCAGCCCCCGCCUCUCCAACCUGGACCGCCACAUGAAGAGCCACACAAACGAGAGGCCCCACCAAUGUUACCUGUGCGACCGCGCUUUCAGGACAGUCACUAUGCUGAGAAACCACCUGAACACACACACAGGCACCAGACCAAACAAGUGCACGGACUGUGAGAUGGCGUUUGUAACCAGUGAAGAACUUGUUAGGCACCAACGUUACAAGCACACCCACGAGAAGCCCUACAAGUGCUCUCUGUGUGAUUACGCCAGUGUGGAGGUGAGUAAGAUGAAGUGCCACAUCCGCUCCCACACCAGAGAGCGCCCCUUCCAGUGCAGCUUGUGCAGCUAUACCUCCACUGACACAUACAAGCUGAAGAGACACAUGACCGUACAUUCAGGGGAGAAACCAUAUGAGUGUUACAUCUGCCACGCUCGCUUCACCCAGAGUGGCACUAUGAAGGUGCACAUCUUGCAGAAACACACUGAGAACGUGGCCAAGUUCCACUGCCCACACUGCGACACAGUCAUUGUCCACAAGAGGCACUUUAAUGUUCAUCUGCGUGAGCAGCACUCGUACAUCGAGCAGGGCCGGAAAUGUCGCUACUGUGAGGCCGUCUUCCACGUGCGCUAUGCCCUCACCCAGCACCAGAAGUCCCACAAGAACGAGAAGCGCUUCAAGUGCGACCAGUGCGAUUACGCAUGCCGACAGAAGUGUCACAUGGUGAGGCAUAAGCGCACCCACACCGGUGAGAAGCCGUACGCCUGCAGCCACUGUGAGAAGACCUUCAGGCAGAAACAGCCUCUGGACGUGCACUUCCGCCGCUACCACGACCCCAACUUUGUGCCCACCUCCUUUGUGUGCACCAAGUGUGGCAAAACUUUCACCCGCAGGAACACCAUGGCCCUGCAUGCAGAGAACUGCAAUGGCCAGGACACCACCGGUGGCAAAAACAGGGCUCCUCCUAGGAGAGGCCGCGGCAGGAAGAGGAAGAUGCGCGGCAACCAUCAGACAACCCGGCCAGGAACAGUGGCAUCCAUUCAUCCAUCCAUUUAAGUUUUUAAAAGACCCGCAGUUUGAGAAGUUGUGAUGGGAACUUUGAUGGGAAGUUGUGAGCAGAUGUUUCCUAACCCUCCGAUAGAUCUUGAUCUGUUUCUUGUCAGGACUACGUUUGUUAUGGGUAAAGUUGCUUUGAGAAGGAGACAUUGUGGACAACCGGGAUGUUUGAAUAAAAGGAGUGCUUUUGGGGGGAAAAUGACUAUAAAGUUUUGUCGCUCUUUUUAGUAACAUAAAAAACAUUGGAAACGAUGUCCUCUAUCCGAACAUUUCUGCUGAAUUAAAAAUGAUGUUUCCUCCUACA